AUGAAGUCCUCAUCUGUUGGUUUAAAUCAGCAGUCUCCUGAAGGGGAUAAGAAUUGUCUGAAUUCUGAACUUUGGCAUGCCUGUGCUGGUCCUCUUGUUUCUCUACCUGCUGUUGGGAGCCAUGUGGUGUAUUUUCCGCAGGGUCACAGCGAACAGGUUGCUGUAUCAACCAACAAGGAAGUUGAUGCACAAAUACCGAACUACCCGAGCUUACCUCCACAACUGAUUUGUCAGCUUCAUAAUGCGACAAUGCAUGCUGAUGUAGAGACAGAUGAGGUUUAUGCUCAAAUGACGUUGCAACCAUUGAGCCCACAAGAGCAAAAGGAUGUUACCUUCCUUCCUGCAGAUCUGGGUGCCCCCAGCAAACAGCCAACGAAUUACUUCUGCAAAACAUUAACGGCCAGUGAUACAAGUACUCAUGGUGGAUUUUCAGUUCCCCGUCGGGCAGCUGAGAAAGUGUUUCCACCAUUGGACUUUUCACAGCAACCUCCAGCUCAAGAGUUGAUUGCACGGGAUCUGCAUAACAAUGAGUGGAAAUUCAGACAUAUUUUCCGCGGUCAGCCAAAGAGGCAUCUUCUUACUACUGGUUGGAGUGUGUUUGUCAGUGCAAAAAGACUCAUUGCUGGUGAUUCAGUCCUUUUCAUAUGGAAUGACAAGAAUCAAUUGCUUCUUGGUAUCCGACGUGCCAAUCGCCCACAAACUGUCAUGCCUUCUUCAGUUUUGUCGAGCGACAGCAUGCAUCUGGGGCUUCUUGCUGCUGCUGCACAUGCAGCUGCAACUAAUAGCCGUUUCACCAUAUUUUUCAACCCAAGGGCUAGUCCAUCAGAAUUUGUUAUACCUCUGGCCAAAUAUGUAAAAGCAGUUUAUCAUACUCGAGUGUCUGUUGGUAUGCGCUUCAGGAUGCAGUUUGAAACAGAAGAAUCUAGCGUUCGUCGCUAUAUGGGGACGAUAACUGGCAUAAGUGACUUUGACCCUGUUCGGUGGCCGAAUUCACAUUGGCGAUCCGUGAAGGUUGGUUGGGACGAAUCUACAGCUGGUGAAAGGCAGCCUAGGGUCUCCCUAUGGGAAAUUGAGCCUUUAACAACAUUCCCCAUGUAUCCAUCACCAUUUCCUGUGAGACUAAAGCGACCAUGGCCACCAGGACUCCCUUCAUUCAGUGGGAUGAAGAAUGAUGAUAUGGGAAUAAAUUCCUCUUUUAUGUGGCUCCGUGGAGAUAUUGGAGACUGUGGAAUGCAAUCUCUGAACUUUCAAGGAAUGGGAGUCACGCCUUGGAUGCAGCCAAGGCUUGAUACUUCAACACUUGGCAUGCGGACUGACAUGUACCAAGCUAUGGCUGCUGCUGCUGCUCUUCAGGAGAUGAGGGCUGUCGAUCCUUCGAAGCAAAUCCUCUCAUCACAUGUCCAGUUCCAGCAACCACCAGCUGUCGCUAGCAGGACUGCAGGUUUGGUGCAGUCUCAGAUCAUGCAGCAGUCUCACUCCCCUUCUCCCUUUCUUCAAAGCUUUCAAGAAAACCAGCCUCAGGCAUCUCUGCAACAGCAAACUCAUCUUCUUCAGCAGCAAUUGCAGCAUCAAAACUCUUUCAGAAAUCUAGAGCUCCAACAGCAGCAAUUAAUUGAUGCUCAGCAGGUUUCAAGUGCUGUACCUGCCCUAUCUCACUUUGCUUCAAGCUCUCAAGCCCAGUCUUCAGAGCGACAAUCCAUUUCAUCCAUGCACCCACAGAACUUUCUGGAUUCAAAUGUCAAACCUGUCACUAGCAAUAUUAAUUCUCCGCUUCACAGUCUAUUGGGUUCAGUCUCCCAGGUUGAGUCACCCAACCUUCUUAAUGUGCCUAGAUCGAGCGACUUGUUAUCUUCUAGUGGUUGGCCUACAAAGAGGGUUGCCAUCGAUCCUCUUUUUCAUUUGGGAGUAUCUCAGGGUAUAUCGUCAGAUCAGUUGGCACCGCCAAACACAAACAUAUCUCAAAAUACUGUUUCUUUGCCCCCGUUUCCUGGUAGGGAGUGCAUUCUGGACCAUGAAGGAAGCAAUGAUCCCCAAAAUCACCUUCUAUUUGGAUUUAAUAUGGAUUCCUCUUCCCUUCUCAUGCAGAAUGGGAUGUCAAAUCUUAGGGGAGUUGGCAGUGAUUGUGAUAAUCCGACUAUAGCAUUUGCCUCUUCCAACUACUUGACUAGCACUGGCACUGAUUAUUCACUUGACCCUGCAUUAACUUCUUCCAGUUGUAUCAACGGGUCGAGUGUCAUGCAGUCGUCCAAAAGCAUGGGGCAACAAGACCCAUCUUCCAAAACCUUUGUUAAGGUUUACAAAUCAGGGUCCUUCGGAAGGUCACUAGAUAUCACCAAGUUCAGCAGCUAUCAUGAGCUGCGCAGUGAGCUUGCACGGAUGUUUGGCCUUGUCGGUCAAUUGGAGGACCCUUUGAGAUCAGGCUGGCAGCUUGUAUUUGUGGAUCGAGAGAAUGAUGAUCUUCUUCUUGGCGAUGACCCUUGGCUGGAAUUUGUAAACAGUGUAUGGUGUAUCAAGAUACUCUCGCCACAAGAGGUGCAAGAGAUGGGAAAACGACGCUUGGAGCUUCUAAAUUCUGUCCCGAUUCAGAGGCUUCCAGGCAGCAGCUGUGAUAGCUAUGCAAGCCGGCAAGAGUCCAGGAAUAUGAAUGCCGGGAUACCAUCUGUUGGUACUCUUGAUUUUUAG